UACACUAUAUUGAACAAUUGGAACACCCCUCCAAAUCAUUGGAUUCAGGUGUUCCAAUCACCUCCAUUCCCACAGGCAUGCAGAUUGCUUCUACAAACAUUUGUAAAUUAAUGGGUCGCUCUCAGGAGCUCAGUGAAUUCAAGCGUGGUACCGUGAUAGGUUGCCACCUGUGCUACAAGUCCAUCUGUGAAAUUUCCUUGCUACUAAAUAUUCCACGGUCAACUGUUAGUGGUAUUAUAACAAAGUGCAAGCAACUGGGAACAACAACAACUCAGCCACGAAAUGACAGAGCUGGGUCAAUGCAUGCUGAAGCUCACAGUGUGCAGAAGUCGCCAACUGUCUGCAGAGUCAAUAGCUAAAGACCUCCUAACUUCAUGUGGACUUCAGAUUAGCACAACAACAUAUGCAUAUAGGGAAUGGGUUUCCAUGGCCCAGCAGCUGCAUCCAAGCCUUACAUCAUCAAGUGAAAUGCAAAGUGUUGGAUGUAGUGG